CUGGCCCUGGCGGGUGGUUUCCCAACUAGCGUAAGACGCAAGAAAUAGAGUCAGAAUUGCCUUUCGCUUCUUUUCUGACUUUUUUUGCUUGCCCGACCGAACUUCAUGCCUUGUUGGACCCUGGAACGCCCCCUCGUCUCGUACACGUGUAGUAGGAGUGCGAAUACUCGGGCUGGGUGAUCCCCUUCUUUCACAUACCAUGGCGUUACCUUCUUCGCACGCCGAGGCGCCAUCCACUGCUACGUCCAUGCCCAGCCAACAAGAUCACCACCACCUUACGUCUGCAUCUGCGACUGCGUCUGAUUCUAUUCCUGCUACUGCAGCUGCUACUGCUUCUGCUCCCCGCGGCGACGAGGUCACCGCUCCUCCUUCGUCAGAUCAAGCCCCCUUGGAAACCAACAUCAGGCCACCCGCGGCCGCGACCACCACCCCAGUCCCAGUCCUAGUCCCGGUCCCAGAUCCAGACGUUGACGCGCCCCAGCUCCAUCGCCCUCACCCGCACCACCAGCCCACCCCGCACGCGACUGCGACGGAGACGGCUGCGGCUGCUGCUGCGACGCCGCCAGCAUUAGCUGCCAUUGCUACUGCGACGCCCACGGCAACCCUGCCCGGAGCUUCACUUGCCCUUCAUAUAAAGCGGACGGCGCCCAGUUCCUCGUCCCUCGACUCGCCUCUCAUGCCUCCUGCUUCUCCUUCCUCGUCAGCUGCGCCGUCGGCCAACCCCCCGUCACAGCCAAACCCUCACCCUUCCUCCUCGAACUCCAAGAUGCUCUUCUCAGACAUGUACAAGUCCCCGCGCUCACCGCUGGCCAAGUUCCGUCUGUCCAUGUCACAGCAGCCUUUGGCCUUGGACUUGCCCGACUACGAUCCUGAUCUGCUUAGCAAGGACAAAGAAAAGCAAAAGGCAGCUGUCAAGAAGUACUUGACCGCCAAAAUUCGCAACGAUUGGGAAUUCGUAUGGCCACCAGUCGCACCCCCGCCCCAAAACGGCGAUGCUACACCCGAUGUUAGUGCAACACCCGAACAGGACACCGCCGAGAAACCGCAACAAGAAACUUCUGAACCAAAGGUUGAAGCUACGGCGACCUCGAAUGAUGAAGCUAUCCACAACACAGACAGCGAAGAAGAAGACGACGAAGAGGAAGACAGCGACGCUGAGUCCGUCUACAGCACCGUCUCAGAAGAUGCCGCGCGUUUCAAACCUCGCCUAGAAUGGGUGUCUGACCUGUCCGACGAAGAUCCUCCCCUAUCUCUCUCUCCAUUCCGUUUCGACAGCCCCGAUGCAAUCGGCGCGACAGUCAAGGCUUCUAUAGCAGACAAGCGUGCGCGGAGACGGCGAGCCCUACGUGAGGAGAUGGAAUGGAAUGAAGGGUUGGCCUGCUUCGAGGCCAGGCGCAAUGCCUGGACAGGCGCAAGAACGGUGCGCGUUCGCACAAAGCCCGUUUCCCCUACCCAGACGUUCUCUCCUCUCUCCCCACGCCGCCUCUUCUUCCGCACUUCAUUCUCCCAUCCUCAACCCGCUCCUGCCUCACCAGCGUCGCCUGCGCACUCUCUGCAACAGCGGGUAAGCAACGAAGCCUCAGCCGCUGUAUCAGACGGCUCUGAGCUCUCAAAAGACCCGUCCAAGGAACUCACGGCGAUAAAGUCGAAAGAGUCUCAAAAGUCAACGGCAUCUCCCACAACAACGACAUACCCCGUCGAGACACUCAUUCCCGUCCCGGCGCCACUGCUCCCACCGGGUAACCCAAUGCGCGCAUCUAUUACCCCCUCCGUGUACAUUUCCCUGUACGAGAAGGUGAUAGUCCACGCGCUGACACCCUCAUGUCCCGUCAACUUGUCAGACAUGAUCCGGGCGUGCGUGGUUGGCUGGAAGCGGGACGGCGAGUGGCCACCGAAGCCCUCGGCCGCGGAACCCGGUAUCGUGGCCGUACGACGGCGCAAGAAGUCAGUGACGGACGGGCAGGGCCCGAAUCCCACUCGUAGGAUGAGCUUCGGAUUCUUAGGCAGAGGCGAGAAGGCAGCCGAAGGCCAGGACGACGGCACCGGAAAGGGUAUCAGGAAGAGCCUUCAAAGAGUGCUCGGUCUUGGGCAUCACCAUACUGCCUCCACUGGCUCCGCCAAUGGGGGCAACAACGGCGCAUAGAUGGGAGACGCAUUGCCACGGUGCAAACUUCUCCUUUACGAAGGAUGAUGAUUAUGAUGAAAGGAGAUUUAAUACGGAUGAUCUUUUCCUUUGGGUAAUAGGCAUCUCGAGGGCACAAAAUGGGCUUGAAUAUGGAGGUUCCAUGGGUUGGUGACUGCAUGGGACGGGAAAGUUGUUCUUGCGACAGAUACCCAUACAAUUCAGUAGUUGGACAGUCAGUGACAGCGUGCCACAUUAAUGAACACGGUUCUCUUGGUGCAGAACAUGGCUUCGACAUCUUGUUUGCUAUUGAUGACAUAUCAACACGGACCAGAGCUCAGUUGUUGUGAAAUAUACCGUUCAUGCCUUCAACUACAAAGGGAUGAAUUGAAUAUCUUACCAUGCAUAGCUUAGCGGUUAUCUAGUAGACAGAGUUGUUGUGAGAAAAGUAAAAGAUAACUAUCCUCCUGGCGUCAGCAUGGUGGCUACGAUGGGGUUGGAAUAAUGUGAUGUCG